AAGGGAGGACAGGGAUCGAGUGAGUUCAACCAACGCGCAAGUAUAAAAAGGGCGUGAAGCGGAUGAAAUUACAUCCAGUUUCACAAUACAUUUCUUACGCUCAACCAGUCCACUCUCUCCACAAAGAUGCAGUUCUUGAUUUGCAUUGUUUUGGCGAUCGCUGCCGCUCAAGCUGUUCCUAGCCCAACGUUCGUACAGUACGGAGCUGUUCCAGUGGCCACUCAGGGAAAAUACCAUGCUCAAGACGAGCUGGGUCAGUAUUCUUUUGGCUAUCACGAACCUAACCAAGUGCGGAGUGAGACCAAGGACGCAUUUGGCAUCGUUCGCGGAUCAUACACUUACUCUAAUCCGGACGGAAGCGUCGUGACUAACAACUACAUCGCAGAUGCGAACGGAUUCCGCUCUUCCUUGGCCCCUUCUAACGGACCACUUCUGCCUCUUGUGGGAAAAGCACCCAAAGUCCCGAUUAGCCACGCUCCCAUCGCCAUUGCUGCCGCACCAAUUCCGGUAGCACCUAUUCAUGUUGCGCCGUUCACCCCGUUGGUGAAGGUUGAGAAACCGACAGUAGUGAAACAUGCUGGAGGCCACGUCGCUCCAGUUGCACCUGCUCCAUUCAGCCCAUACAGUUAUGCCUACUCGCCUUAUCCUUACCCGUCGUACCACUAUGCCCCUUAUGCUUCUCCUUACGGCUCCGUGGUAGUACGAUCUUGGUAGAACGGACAAGAAUCUGCCAUAACCAGCAUUUUAACCAUCACGAACACUUGAAUUCCAUUAAAUUCCCCCUCAAAUUAUUGCAUUCCUACCAGCGUUGACGGAAAUCUCGAGUUGCCGAGAUCGAGAAAUACACGUUUUCCAUUGAGGAAA